CGGCGGCAACGAUCGAUGACGCACCGGAACAGUGCAGUUGCAGCGAAAGAAAAAGCGCGCCGUCGCUGUCGACGGCCGUGCCGAGCGCCAGCAGACAAGCGGCGAUGCUACAAAACAACGCGCCAAUCAACCGCCCCACUGCUGACCCUUUCCAACCCUCCAAGCUCCCUUUGCCUUCCGCCUGCCGGCCGGCAGCGGUGGUAGCGGCCACGCCCCCGUGGUAUGGCCGCCCGCUCCCUCCUCCUCUACGCGCUGCUCCUGGCCCUCGCCACCGCCGCGCCGUCCCACGGCCUCACUCAAGCGGAUGUUGCGAAACGAUUGAAGGAGGAGCUGUCACAGAGGAACCGUGGGCAUGAGAUGCUCGAAUCAUGGAACGGGGACCCGUGUUCUCCGUCUACCUGGGAAGGGUUCUCUUGCGAACCCAAGGAUGGUGGCCAGGUCGUAGUCAAGCUGAACUUUUCUUCGAAGAACUUGCAAGGGCCGAUUCCUGCAGCGAUUGGUAACUUGACGGAGCUAAAUGAAAUUUAUCUUCAGUAUAAUAACUUCACUGGAUUUAUUCCGGCAUCCUUUUCUGCUCUCGGACACCUGCAGAAGCUGUCGGUGAUUUGCAACCCCUUGUUGAGCUAUAAGCAGCCUGAUGGAUUUUCUAGUGGCGUAAAUUUCAGCCAUGGAGGAUGUGCUACCCAAGAGUACUAUAGCUCUCCUGCUGAAGAGUACCAAAGCCCACCUGCAGUUGCCAGUCAGAGAGUAUUUGUUAUUGGUGGUGUUGCCGGAGGAUCUUUGGCAUGUACUGUUGCACUCGGAUCGUUCUUUGUUUGUUUUAACAAACGUGAACGGCGUUCUCCAAAAAAGGACUGUUCUUCUACAACAAAUCCUGUUUUUCAAGAAUGCAGCGUCGAUACUACAAACCCUGCAGUACAACAGUUUUCCUUCAAAUCAAUCCAGACUGCAACAGGCAGCUUCAAAACUUUGAUAGGAGAGGGUGGGUUUGGAUCAGUUUAUCGAGGUGCAUUAGCAAAUGGGCAAGAAGUUGCAGUAAAAGUCCGCUCAACUUCAUCGACACAGGGAACACGUGAGUUUAACAAUGAGUUAAGACUUCUUUCUGCUGUGUGGCAUGAGAAUUUAGUCCCGCUUAUCGGCUAUUGCUGUGAAAAAGAUCAGCAGAUAUUGGUCUAUCCGUUCAUGUCCAAUGGCUCACUACAAGAUCGCCUCUACGGUGAGGCAUCAAAAAGAAAAGUUCUUGAUUGGCCCACGAGACUGUCUGUUUGCAUUGGUGCUGCUAGAGGGCUAGUAUAUCUGCACAAUUUUGCUGGGCGUUGUGUCAUACACAGAGAUAUUAAAUCAAGCAACAUACUUCUGGAUCACAGCAUGUGUGGCAAGGUUGCUGACUUUGGGUUUUCCAAGUAUGCACCACAGGAAGGUGACAGCAAUCCAUCAAUGGAAGUGAGGGGAACUGCUGGAUAUUUGGACCCUGAAUACUAUUCCACUCAGGUGUUAUCAACCAGAAGCGAUGUCUUCAGUUUUGGAGUAGUCCUGUUAGAAAUUGUGACGGGAAGAGAACCUCUUGAUGUCAAAAGGCCUCGUGCUGAAUGGAGCUUAGUUGAGUGGGCAAAACCUUACAUCACGGAGUACAAGAUCGAAGAGAUGGUGGACCCUGGCAUAAAAGGGCAAUAUUGCUCAGAGGCCAUGUGGAGAGUGCUCGAGGUCGCAUCUGUAUGUACCGAGCCCUUCUCAACCUUCAGGCCAACUAUGGAGGAUGUCCUCAGGGAGCUGGAGGACGCUCUGAUCAUUGAGAACAAUGCUUCUGAGUACAUGAGGUCCAUCGAAAGCACUGGGACUCUGGGUUCCAACCGCUAUCAGUCCAUUGACAGGAAGAUGUUUGCAUCAGGGUCGGCGCGAAUCGACUCAACUAAGGGACAUUUACAAACAAUGCCACCCUCGCUUCCGCGGUAACUAGAUGCGCAUUGUGAUUUCAUAAUGGGCGUCAUCAGGGAUGUGAUCCAUGUUCAAGGCACAUCUAAGAUCUAACCACGCUGAGCCUGAGCAUAAACAUAAAGGGAUCAUGUGCUAGUCUGUAGCAUGUACAGAGCCAAUCCAGUGGUGAGAGCACAGAUCAGCGACACCUACGCUGGGAAAAGCUUUCCGAAGCCAAGAGGCUUUGCUAGUUUUGCCUGUUGAGUUUCCAUUUAUUCGAUUUCGAUCGCCCAAAUGCAGACCAAUGUGUGGGCACAACUAUUCUUUGGACCAUUAAACACAUAAGAUAUGUGUUGAGGUAACCCCUCAAAAAAAAAAUGUUCAGGUGAAUGAGCCAUCACUUCAUUAUUUAAA